AUGCUGGCACUGAACAACGCCUACUUGGGAGCUGAACGAAGGAGUAAAUCCGAGAUGGAAUUGGUACCAUACGCGGACACAGAUAUUAAACGGCUGUCUGUUCCAUCAAUGGAGAGAUCUUGGCAGGUUUUGCUCCCGCGUUACUCACCACCGUUCUACUGUCGUCCAGCAGAGGAAUUUCCAACAGACGCCGCGAAGCACGUUGAGGUCGCUACAGAGCAGAACGUAACCGAAUUACGGCGGCUAUGGCGCUCACGACAGGCAAUGGAUUCUGGCAAAGGAUGGAUGCUGUCGGCCGCUGGCUACCCACUGAAUCCACAUGGCCGGCGAGGCAUUGCUGGUCGAGGGUGCCAUCCACGCUUUGGAGCCAACAAACGUUGCUACUAUAUCAUUCUGACUGGCACUACAAGAGCCGAGUGUAAAGUAUUGCUCGAUUCGCAACACAACCUUCCAAAUGAACCACAUCCGGAAAGUAGUUCCAAGGACGAACAUCUUGCCUCGUUAUUAAGAACAAUAGGGUUACCUGAAUCUGAUGCACAGGUGUUUUCCAUGCGACGCCUCGACUCGUCCAUUAUCGAUUCUUCCGAAACGGUACCGGCAACUGACACAAGCCCCGCCCACAUCGCCAGGCUUGCCAUUGAACACGACAUCGACACGGAUCACGCAUGGACAGAGCACGAUUUGUGGGCAAUUUCGCUGAGAAAUCGUAAAGUUCUCCAAUCGGCUAUUGGCUACAGUUGGUAUUCUAUCGGUUCAGCCAUGUCGUUGUCAAAAGUACAUACUGACUUGCUGAAUAAGACCCUACGAGUAUACGGUAUCGAUUGA